UUGGCCUACUUACACGGGGAAAAAAAGAUUCAUCGGGACGUGAAGGCCAAGAAUCUCUUGGUCUCUGCCACGGGGGACAUCAAACUCGCGGAUUUUGGGGCCACGGCCCAGCUGACACACACGGCGGGGAAACGACACAGCUUUGCCGGAACCCCCUUUUGGAUGGCGCCAGAGGUGAUCACGCAGUCUUCUUACGACAUCACUGCGGACAUUUGGAGCAUGGGUAUCACCGCUAUCGAAUUGGCGAAGGGCGCACCGCCGUACGCGAAGGUGCACCCUGUGCGGGCCUUGUUUUUGAUCCCGAAGAACGAGCCCCCUCGGUUGGUGGAGGACGAGGUGGAGGGCGGG